CUGCACUUCAUCUUGUUCGAAUCAUUUCACUCUUCCUACUGCAAUAAUCAAACACUUUCACUUGAUUUUGGGUUCAACCAUCAAUGGCCGAAGCAAUUGCUUUUGACAUCGCCGGAGGGCUCGCUAGUAAGUUGAGCUCCCUUGCUCUCUCUCAAAUUGGACUAUGGUGGAAUUUCAAAGAUGACAUUGAGGACGUCAAAAACACCAUCUCCACAAUCAAAGGUGUCCUUCUUGAUGCCGAAGAACAAUCCAUGACCAGCAACCUCGUCAAAAAUUGGCUUGAAAAGCUGAAAGAUGCACUUUAUGAUGCUGAUGACUUGCUCGAUGAUUUCUCUACCGAAGCUUUGCGAAAAGAUCUACUCAGUGGGAACAAGCUGACGAAAGAGGUACGCCUUUUCUUUUCAAGCUCAAACCAGUUUGUUUAUGGUCUCAAAAUGGGCCGUCAAAUUAAGGCCAUUAAGGCCAGGUUAACUUCCAUUGGAAGUGAGGCCAAGAUGUUCAACUUGGUAGAGCGUGAUAGUCUCGUGGAACCCUCUUUCAUGUCUAAAAAGAGGCAGCGAACACACUCUUUUGUGCAUAAAGAUGAAAUAAUAGGGAGGGAAGAUGAUAAAGCAGCUCUUCUAAAACUCAUGCUAGAGUUUCAAAGUGAAGAGAAUGUUUGUAUCAUUCCAAUUGUGGGGUUUGGAGGGUUAGGGAAGACUGCGCUGGCACAGUUUGUUUAUGAAAUGGUCAAAGAUCAUUUUGAGAUGAGGAUAUGGGUGUGUGUUUCAAAUAUUUUUGAUUUGAAAAUAAUAGUGAAAAACAUUAUCAAAUCUGUAGCUAACUAUGCACCUGAUCAAAAUCUCGAAAUGGAUCAAUUGCAAAAACAACUUCGAGAUGAAAUUCAUGGGAAAAAGUAUUUACUUGUUUUGGAUGAUAUUUGGAAUGAGGAGUGGGAACAAUGGGUUAGCUUAAAGAAGUUAUUGAUGGGUGGGGCUAAAGGGAGUAGGAUAAUAGUAACUACUCGCUCUUUAAGGGUAGCAAAGAUUACUAGUAAAUGUCAACCCCAUGUUUUAAAAGGUUUGUCUGAUGAUGAUGCUUGGUCUUUGUUUAAAGAGAUAGCAUUUGAGCAAAGGUCUACAGAUUCAACAAGUUCAGAGUUUGUGGAAAUAGGAAAGCAGAUUUUGGAAAGGUGUGGUGGAGUUCCCUUAGUCAUAAGGACGAUAGCUGGUACAUUAUCUUUCAAAAAUUCUAAAAAUGAUUGGCUUUCUUUUAAAGAUAAUGAACUUGCUAGAAUAUCUCAGAACGGAGGUGAAAUUCUACCUACACUUAAGUUGAGUUAUGAUCAUCUCCCAUCUCAUUUGAAGCAUUGUUUUGCUUAUUGUCGAUUGUAUCCAAAAGAUCAUAAAAUUGACGUACGAACACUUGUUCAAUUUUGGAUUGCACAAGGUUUUGUAAAGCAGUCAAGUCCAAGUCAAUCUCUUGAAGAGAUUGGGUUGGGGUAUUUUAAAGAUUUAGUUGAAAGAAGUUUCUUUCAAGAGGUAGAAGAUGAUGAAACCUGGUUUACAACAUGUAAAAUGCAUGAUUUAAUGCAUGAUCUAGCUGAAUUAGUAGCAGGGACAGAGAGUAGUUUUGUAGAUUCAAAUUCAAGUGCAAGUGAGGUUAGUGAAAAAUGUCGUCAUGUAUCAAUUAGUCCUUUAUUAAUUCCUUUGCUUAAGGGAAAGAAGUUCCGAACUUUACUUUGUUUCCCAAAAGAGAGCGAGCAAAGCCAAAUUAUGAGCGAGGACGAAACAUGGGAUUUAAUAAUUUCAAGAUGUAGAUGCUUGCGGGUAUUAAAGUUGAAUAAUUUAAAUCUUAAUAUAGUUCCACGUUCCAUUCAUAAAUUGAAACAUUUGAGGUAUUUAGAUCUUUCCGACAAUCCCAAUAUUAAGAUCCUCCCAAAGAGUAUUUGCAAUAUGCAAAAUUUGCAAGCUCUGAAACUUGAUUGGUGUGUUGGGCUUGAAGAAUUGCCAAAGAAGAUUGCAAAAUUGGUGAAUCUUUCCCAUAUAGGGUGUGUACAUUGUUAUGGCUUAACUCAUAUGCCGCGUGGAAUAGGGAAGUUGACUUCCCUUGAGAUGUUAAGCAGGUUUGUAGUGGAUAAAGAUGGCUCCCAUGGUGGAGCAGAUCUAAGUGAAUUGAGUGGGCUUAUCAACUUAAAGGGAGAGCUAACAAUAAGUAAUUUGGGAUUUGUGAAAAAUGCAAAAGAGAUGUUUAGGGCUGCUAAUUUAAAAGAGAAGCAACAUUUGGAAGCAUUGGUUUUAGAAUGGGGCGAUGACAACAAUGAUGAUGACAAGUCACUUGAAGUCCUCCAGCCCCAUCCAAAUCUGAAGAUGUUGAAGGUGGGCGGGUGGAGGGGUGAUGCCAAGUUUCCAAGUUGGCUUUCUUUGCUUACAAAACUCGUUGAUAUUACCAUAUGGGGUCCGAGUAAUUUCAAACACCUCCCAUCCUUUGCUCAAUUGCCUUGUCUUCAACAGCUGAAGAUAUCUAAUUUAACUGAGCUCCAGUGCAUGGAAGAUCAUGGCCCCAAUGGAAGACAUGGAGACACAGAAUCAUUCUUUCCGUCGCUUAAUGUUCUUCGUCUCUGGAACUGCCCGAAUAUGAAGAGUUGGUGGAGGACGACAAAACCAAUCCACGAUGAUUCCAACGAGGACGACACAACAGUUAUAAGAGCAUCAACCAUGGCAUUUCCUUGUCUUUCCUCUCUAGAUAUUAAAUAUUGCCCUUUGACUUCGAUGCCGCUGUAUCCAUCACUCAGUGAAAAGCUAAAGUUGGUGAAUACCAGUCCAAGGCCAUUAAAGCAGACCAUCAAGAUGAGCAUCACUAGUACGACCCCAUCAACUUCAACCUCUUCUCUUCCUCUUUCCAAAUUGAAAUCUUUCCAUGCAGAGAACAUUGAGGGACUGGACACUCACAUGCUAGAUGAUUGCUUGCAAAAUAUGACUUCCCUUGAACGCUGUUUUAUUGAUUCUUGUCAUUUGCUAGAGUCUUUAUCUGGGUGGCAGCAACAUCUCAUCGGCCUCAAAACUUUAAUAAUAAAAGAUUGCAAGGAGGUUGAUUUAGAGGGCAUGCAAUGGGAACCCCUUAAGAAUCUCUCUUGUUUGGUGAUUGAUAAUAUUCCAAAGCUCGUGUCUCUCCCCAUUGGGCUUCAACAUCUUGUUCAAUUGGAAUCAUUAGAAAUCCGUAAUUGCAGUGGAUUGAGGUCACUCUUUCCUGUGUUCCAACAUCUAACUUCCCUUGAAGAGUUUUCAAUAAGGAAUUGCAAUGAGCUGGAGUUAUCUGCAGCUGGCAUGCAAAUAUUCCAGGAUUAUAAAAGCUUACGUGCUCUAUGGCUGGAAACCAUUCCGAAGUGUCAGCAUCUUCCAGAGUGGCUUCAACAUCUAACAAAUCUGCAACAGCUUUAUCUCGUUGAUUUGCCCAAUUUAACAUCGCUUCCGGACGAGAUGCGUUGCCUAACCAGUUUGGAAGAGUUAUGCAUACGACAAACUCCCCAGUUGGAGGAAAGAUGUCGGAAGGACAUUGGGGCCGAUUGGCAUAAGAUUGCUCAUAUAGCUACAGUGACCAUAGAAGACUUUUAG